CCCCAUGGGAAAAAGUAGAAGAAUAAGAAGAAGAGUUUCUACGUGCUGCUGUGUCACGCGACGCUAGUGGACGGCCGUUGUUCUGUUCCGGCUAGGAACACAUCACGAACGAGAAGACAGGAAAGGAUUCCCUUCCAUUCUUAUUCUUUUACUCAUGGAUUCCGCACUCAAGUCAAUGCAAGGGUCCAAACAGGGAACAUCAACUGAGAGAACCAAGACAACAACUGGAGAAGACACCUCAUUCAGGGGCGACAUCGAUAAAUGUCACCGCUACGUAUUGAUCGUCCUUAAUGUCAUCGUCAUAUCAUUCGGAACCGUCGUUACUGUAGGCUCCACGUUUUCAUUGUUCGGCCGAUGGGACGACGUCAUUGUGGUUCCCGGUUCCUUACCGCUCACCAUCGUAGUCAAUCUCGAAUUCCCUUUCAUCGUCUUUGGCAUUUUGUGCCUCGUGACUGGAUGUUUUGGAUUUUUUGGCACUGUACGAGAGAACAGUGGAUUGUUGUCGGCAUACUCGUGGCUGCUGUGUCUUCUCAUGAUGCUGAACAUCAUCUCUGGCUUGGGCUUGGUCGCGAUUCCGAUUGCAGCACCACAGAUCGUCGAGAGACUCCUGAACAUUCGCCUCGUCGAGUACUACAAGGAUAAUGACAAAGUCCGCUCAGUGGUGGACUACUUGCAGACCAACUUCGAAUGCUGCGGUUUUACCCGGCGCGGCUACCGUGACUGGAACCGGAAUAUAUAUUUCAAUUGCAGUCAAGAUAACCCGAGCAGUGAACGCUGCAGCGUUCCCGAAUCUUGCUGCAUAUUAGCGCAAGCCGAAGACAUUGAAGCUGCCCUGAAGCACAAAUACUGCUCCAGCGGAGUCUUGGCAAUGGGAAAGACGCAAGCGUUUGCCGUAGUUUACAGCAGGAACUGCGUAGACGCGUCGAUCGGUAUAAUACGAAGGAACACGUUGUUCCUGAUAGCAGUCACCAUAGUCGUGCAGUUCGCGUUGGUUAUAGUGCAGUCGGUGGCCGAAGAUGUAUUGCGCGACUUGAAGGCCUUAAAGGAGGCAUACGACAAGUACGAAAAGGCUUUGAAAAAGGGUCACAAGGACAAACUGUCCGCGGAGGAAGAAACCGUGAAAAAAGACGUGAAGAGCCUUCCAGAGAAGUUCGUGGUCGACCUGGAGGAGUCGUUUAAAAAGCCCAAAUAUAAAUCUGUCACCAAAGGGAAACUGCAUUUGAUCCAGCCCUGCAGGACUCCAGGAACACCUUUCGACAGGGCCAUCAGCUGCGAAAACAUACACGACGUAGCACGGUGUCGUGACGAACGUGUGAAGGUUUUCCUUUCCUGGGACUGUAGGAAGCACAGCGUAUUCGACCCGAGCUGUGGGCAUUGCGUCCGCAAUGAACAGCUGAGAUCACCGGGGACACCGCGCACGCCACACAGAGGGCACCACGUGGUCGACAGCCUUUAAGCAUAGUUAAGGGCGUAGACACUUACCCAUACUACUUGUAUAAACGAAUGCACGUGGUAUUUUUAGAGGAAAAUAACGAAUACAUGAUGUAUGUAAAUAUCUAAAUACAUGCAUGCAGCGAGAAGU